CUGUGAGUUUGACUUUUCAUUUUUAAAUUUCAAAUUCAAUGACAAAGACGCAUCCAUAUAGAGCAGUGAAGUGCAGUGUAUAGCAUAAUAUUUUUAGAUGUAGAUUAUAAGUGUCAUCUGCUUAUUUAUUUCCAAAAUUGUGCACAUAUCAGGUUAUAGUAGUGCGAUUUAAUAUGCAGAACAACCCCCAGGAGCUUUCAUGGCAGGCGAUUCAGGCUAUAGUGGGGGUUAAGCUCCCACCUAAUGUGUUGCGUUUUGAUGAUAUCGGGUUCCAUUUAGUCAACAAUUCGGUUUCAAGUGCCGAAGAUUGGGAUUCAGACGUAGAAAUAGUGGAAAAUGGCUGGGAAUCAGACAAUAACGUAUCUUCUAAACCCGAAAACUCUGACAAUGAAAAGACGUCUCCGGAUAGAGAGCAGAGCGCGUCGCCUGUUUUAAGUCUCGUAGAACCCGACAAUAACAAUUCAGGUAAAGGCCUACUGCAUUAUACGGAUUUUUUAGUGAAAAUGGAUACCAAAGACAUUACUGAUAAUGAAAUGACCGAAAAUGAUCCAGUGUCCCAGAGUAAUGAUGACGCAGAUAGCUCAAAUGGAAAUGUAAUGUCCAUUGAAAACUAUUUAGAGGUCACUCUAUCAACUGACUCGGAGGCUAGUCAUGUAUGUAGCCAAUGCAACCAAAUGUUUCCCAGUGAACAGCUUCUGUCUUCACAUCAGUGUAGCGUGAAGCAAAUCGAAGAAAAAAAGUAUCCUUGUCAUGUUUGUGCCGAGAAGUUCACAAGCUACUGGGAACUAAGAAAGCAUAUAAACAAUCACUUCCCCGGAAUGCUGGACUCCAAGUCGAGCUUCUGUCAUUUGUGCCAAAAAGAUUACACUAAGACAGGGUUUAUGAAUCAUUUGAGAAAGCACACCGGUGAACGACCGUUUGUAUGUGAGCUCUGCCACAAGGCCUUCUCCCAGUCGAGUUCUUUAUCCAUACAUAUGAAGUUCCAUCUUAACGUCCGCAAACACGCGUGCACAGUUUGUGAGAAAAAGUUUGUGACCAAGAGUGAACUGUCCCGUCACAUGACGGUGCACACGAAACAGAAGUCCUACUACUGUGGAGUGUGCGACAAGGCCUUCACUCGCUCCGACAACAUGAAGAAACAUGAAAAGACCCACGGAUGAAACCCAUCAGGGCUCGAAAACCUGUCAAAAGAUUCACACACAACAAUCAUGCGGUCGUUGAAUAUUCUCUGACCGUUAUAUAAUUCUGCCAUCGCCGAUUUGUCUGUGAAGCUUUCUAUACAUAAUUUUCGUUUCCAAUUCUCUUAUUGCCAAAAAGUUUAGUCAUAUGUUUGUUAAGUCAAAUUAUGCAUUGUUUUAUACCAAACGGAGUAAUCCACAGUCUAGUUAAUAACUUAGUCAUUAUGGUGUGUUAAUGGGAAUGUCUUUACACUGGGUGUGCUGUAGAUGCUUUUAUAAAUAAGGUUUUAUAUAUAUGCAAUUAUAAAUGCAUGUUUGGGAUAUUUAUAGUAUACAAUGAGCCUUUUCAGGUGCUUUAAUGUAUUGUCACACAUAUCUUUAUCCAAAGUUGCCUUUUUUAGAUAUGAUAAGGUGAUAUUUUUCAUAUGAUGUAGGUCAUACGCCCAAUUACUCUAUGAUAGCUGUGCUGUAUCAUUCGUAGUUGAUAAAACCUUACGCCUGGUAUUCGAGGCCUUUUAUACUCUGUCACAAACGAAAAAAAAAAUAUAUAAUAAUUGUUCCUGCUUCACCUAAGAGCUUUAAUAAGUAUAUAUUUUUGUAUAACUUUAGCACGAGGUGUUUUGUAUCGGGUGUAAAGUAUACAUUUUGCCAAAUUUUUAGAUAAGUAUUUACAUUUUACAAGUGAUUCUUAUAGAGCUGUUGCAACCAAAGCAAUAUAUUCUAAUGUGCCUAUCUUAACAGUAAGCCUACGGAAAUAAUACCAAAUAUUUUUUUAGAUAUUAGUGGAAUUCAUUAGAAUAUUAUUAAAUUAUAGUCUUACUAAAUUAUAAUUAUUGAUAUAUAUUUUUUUUUUUAUAUAACAAGUGUAUGUAGAACCCGGUUGAGGCACUUUUAGACGUUUUCCUGUUCCGAUGGUCUCAGAUUCAUUAUAUUUAAGCCAUUUUGAACAACUAGUGUAAUUUAGCUUAUGUUUAGUCUAAUUUAAUUUAUAAUGUAUAACAUCACAGUGUAACAAUUAAUAAUUUUUUUUUUUAAAUGUCUUGCUCUUAUUGUGACAAAGUCAAAUGUUUUAUGUGUCUACCACAGCUGAGUCUUUGAAACAUUUUUUAACUUAUUCCAAAGAUUUAAUUGGCUACUAAACCAAAGCUAUUUAUUAUAUAUAUAUAAAUAUAUAUAUAUUUUCAAUUGUGCCACUUUACUAUUUUACUGGUUUUCAAUACCAUAUUAAUAUAUUGACAUUUUUUUUUAUAUAUGUUUUAGUAUAAGGCAAUAAUUACAUUUAAAUAUAUUUAUUCUAUUUUUAAAUAAUAAAAAAAUAAAAUAAAAAAUAACUAGAUUUGUAGAUGCAUGGAUCGUUCAUAUGAUUAAGGAUCGGUGUCCAGCCAAAUGAUAAUACACAAAAAUCUACAAGACUGACAAUAAUAUUCAGAGUAGAUAUUAAAACUUGCACAAAUUUAACUUAUAUUUAUGUAAGCCUUUACCGAGUAGCGCCUUGUUAUAAAUACUUCAUGACAAUUAGUUUAAGGAACAUUAUAAGAAAUUAUAAAUUGUUUUUAAAAUAUAUGUAAUAAUUGUCGAUUUUAUUAAAGAGUUGUUUGUUGA